GGCGAUCUCACCCUCCACUACCUGCGGUGGCUCCGGGCCGCUUCCAGCGGCGGUAAAGAGGUGAUUCUCGAACUGGCCUUCUGGAUGGGCCCAACCCUGGGCGUGGCCGAUAGCACCGUCCGGACCAACUACGGAGAUCGCAGCCACACGGCAGCCACGGACCGGUGGAUCGUCAUGCACAUGCAUAUCCCGCUCGACGGGGCUACAUUCAUGGGAGGCAACAACGUCCUGUACGUGGGGGUCCGGAACAUGGGCAUUUACCACAGCCAGGGCGUCUACCUCCCCGCAGCGGUCACCCGGGGAUUCAGGCAGGGGUAUCGGGCUGAAUUCCGGUAUUCAAGCUCCUACGCGGAAGGGGAAUAUAACAGGGGCUCUCUGCGAGACUACAAUUCCCGGACUGAUACCAUUGCUUGUCCCCGAUCGCGCCGUGGCAAUUCAUCGCGGCGGUGGUAUGUUGGUCAGAAUCGGGACAGUUCGGUUCCUGGGUCGGCCAAUGCGAAUGCGGAUUAUGGCCAGUUGCUGAAUGACUUUGGUGCAUGGCUCCACGACCAGGGUACCUUCUCCGUGGACAAUCUGGCGUACCUCUGGCCAUCGCUGCGAACCAUCAGAAUUGACAACGGCUUUACUGCAAACAUCAAUGCGCGCGACAGGUUGGACCCUGAGGAUGGCGCGUUUGAUCAGAAUUGGCGGCCAGAUGGAGAUGCACCGACGGAUCCAUGGUUCUAUCGUAAUAUUUGA